AUGCGAGCGCUCCUGCUCCGUUCCGAGGCCGGCCCUGCCGCCCUGCUCCUGGUUCUCUGCCUGCAGCUGGGGGCCGGCAACGCACAGGAAGACACCACCUGGGAGGUGCUGACCAUGGACCUGCAGGUGCAGCAGACCGUAAGAGCAGGCGAGGAGGUGCCCGUGACACUGAAAGUUCAAACACAGAUGAAAGAAUGCAUGGUGAUAAAAAGUUACCUCAUAAGCAGCAGCCCCCUUGAAGGUCCUUCUCACAACUAUAAGUUCACUGGCUGCCUGUGUGACGAUUACCCAAGGACGUUCUUCUGGGACAUUCAGAGCAAUAGCACUGUAAGGAUUGCAGCAGUAGUUGACAUUGUUCAAGAGCUAAACAUCUGCCCUGAAGAUAGAGCAGUAGUGCCCAUCAAAGGAAACCGUUUUCACACCUUUGAAACCCUACAAGUACUAUCUUAA